AUGCCCCCGCCCCGCCCCCCGCGGCUGUCGCGCUCCCGGGAGGCCGUUACUGUCCUGGUCACGUGGCUGCCCGCCAGCCGCAGCAUCCCGGACUAUGAUGGCGGCCUUAUAUCCCAGCAUGAGGGCUAUGGGGUUGGGAGCCUGGCCCUAGGACAUGAGGAGACUGGCAUGCCUCAUGAAUCAGCAGAGCAUUUGUUUCAUUUCAACGUUGGUGGCUGGCAUUUCUCGGUUCCUAGAAGCAAACUCUCUCAGUUCCCAGACUCCCUGCUGUGGAAAGAGGCUUCAACAUUUACCUCUUCGGAAAACCAGCGGCUGUUUAUUGACAGAGACGGGUCCACGUUUAGGCAUGUACACUAUUACCUCUACACCUCCAAACUCUCCUUUUCCAGUUGUGCAGAACUGAACUUGCUCUAUGAACAAGCACUGGGUUUGCAGCUGAUGCCUUUGCUGCAGACUCUAGACAAUCUGAAGGAGGGCAAACACCAUCUACGGGUGCGGCCUGCAGACAUCCCUGUUGCCGAGAGAGCGUCUUUGAACUACUGGCGAACAUGGAAAUGUAUAAGCAAACCCUCAGAAUUUCCUAUCAAAAGUCCAGCCUUCACAGGCCUACAUGAUAAGGCGCCUUUAGGGCUCAUGGACACGCCGCUGUUAGACACAGAAGAGGAAGUACACUACUGCUUCCUGCCCCUGGACCUGGUGGCCAGGUACCCGAGCCUGGUGACUGAAGACAACCUGCUGUGGCUGGCUGAGACCGUGGCCCUGAUCGAGUGCGAGUGCAGCGAGUUCCGCUUCAUUGUGAACUUUCUCCGCUCACAGAAGAUUUUAUUACCGGAUAACUUCUCCAACAUUGAUGUGCUAGAAGCAGAAGUGGAAAUUCUAGAAAUCCCUGAGCUGACUGAAGCUGUACGGUUGUACCGGAUGAACACAGGUGGCUGUUCCCGGAUCUCCUGUCCUCCCCCAAGCCCCGGGAAGGGGGGCCGUGCAGCUGGCCUGGAAGCCGUGAAGCCCCUGUACAUUAUGGCCCUGGGGCUGCUCGUGAAGUACCCGGACUCCGCACUGGGGCAGCUCCACAUCGAGAGCACGCUAGAUGGGAGUAGACUGUACAUCACGGGGAACGGGGUCCUCUUCCAGCACGUCAAGAACUGGCUGGGGACGUGCCGGCUGCCACUGACUGAGACAAUUUCUGAGGUGUAUGAGCUCUGUGCCUUCCUGGACAAGAGGGACAUCACCUAUGAGCCAAUGAAAGCGGCUCUGAAGACUCAUCUGGAACCAAGGACUCUGGCACCCAUGGAUGUGCUCAAUGAGGAAUGGGCGGCAGAAAUCACAGUAUAUUCCCCCCAGCAGAUCGUCAAAGUUUAUGUUGGAAGCCACUGGUAUGCAACUACCCUGCAGACCCUGCUGAAGUAUCCAGAACUGCUGUCCAACCCUCAGAGAGUGUACUGGAUCACAUACGGACAGACCCUGCUGAUCCACGGGGAUGGCCAAAUGUUCCGACACGUUCUCAACUUUCUGAGACUUGGGAAACUCUUUUUACCAUCUGAAUUUAAGGAAUGGCCCCUCUUCUGCCAGGAGGUGGAGGAAUACCACAUUCCAUCACUCUCAGAAGCCCUUGCCCAAUGUGAGGCAUACAAGUCAUGGACCCAGGAGAAAGAAUCUGAAAAUGAAGAAGCUUUUCCCAUCAGGAGGCUGCACGUGGUGACAGACGGGCCAGGGUCACUGGUGGAGUUUGGCAGAGACCCCAAAGAAACCACAGCCUGCGUGCCUGUGGAAUUCCAAGACUGCAGUGACAGGACUCCAGGGAACAAGACCAAGAGGACCGCAGCCAGGUCCAACCAGAUGGAGGAGGCUGAGCAGUAUACCCAGACCAUCCAAGUGUCCCUGUGCCGAGGUGCCAAGAGGGCGGGCAACCCCAGCACAUACUCACACUGCCCUGGCCUCUGUGCCAACCCAAGACACUGGGGAGGCCAUCCUGAGAGCCCCCCCAAGAAGAAGUGUACCACAGUCAACCUCACACAGAAAUCUGAAACUAAAGACCCUCCUGUCACCCCCAUGCAAAAACUUAUCUCACUGGUGAGGGAGUGGGACAUGGUCAAUUGCAAACAGUGGGAAUUCCAGCCAUUGACUGCCCCCCAGAGCAACUCCUUGGAGGAGGCUGGCCUGCAGCUCCCGUCGGGAAAUGAGGCUGCCUCCCAGCCCAGUACCUCAGCUUCCUGGAAAGCCCAUUCCACAGCCUCAGAGAAGGGCCCAGGUUCUCAGGCAGGGGCCAGAGCUGGAGCCAGAGACAAGGGGCCAGAGCCAACCUUUAAGUCGUACUUCCCCAUGAAAAGAGCUUCCACCCUGAAGGACUGGGGCAAGCAGAGGCCAAAGGAGAGAGACAGCCCUGCCCCUGAGCAGCCUCUGCCUGAGGCCAGUGAAGUGGAGAGCACAGGGGUCAUCCUCAAAGUGACCCACCCCCCCGUGGUGGGCAGCGAUGGCUCCUGCAUGUUUUUUGAGGACAGCAUCGUGUACACCACACAGAUGGACAACCUCCGGCACACACCAUCCACAGCCAGCACCCAGCCCCGAGAGGUAACUUUCCUGAGUUUCUCUCUGUCAUGGGAGGAGAUGUUUUACGCGCAGAAAUGUCACCGCUUCCUGACGGACAUCAUCCUGGACUCCAUCAGGCAAAAGGACCCCAAAGCCAUCACAGCCAAGGUGGUCUCCCUGGCCAACCGGCUGUGGACCCUACACAUGAACCCCCAGCAGUUUGUGGUAGACUUGCUGGCUAUCACUGGCUUCAAGGACGACCGGCACACCCAGGAACGCCUGUACAGCUGGGUGGAGCUCACGCUGCCUUUUGCCAAGAAGUACGGCCGCUGCGUGGACCUGCUCAUCCAGAGGGGCCUGUCUAAAUCUGUGUCCUACUCAAUCCUGGCCAAGUACUUACAAGACGGCUAG